AUGACUAAACAGCAAAUCCUGGACAUAGUUCAAAAACUUCUCACUACUCAUCCCAGGCCUAAUCCCUUCACUAACAACCGCCCUGAAAAGCAGUGGUGGAGUGCCUUCCUGAGAAGGAAUUCUGAUAUUUCUAUGCGAUUCCCUGAAAAUCUCUGCAAGACACGAGCUGUCUCUUGCUGGAAGGAGGCAAUCUUGAAAUGGUUCAGGGAAUACAAAUCCUACAUAACCGACAUAGAGAAGUGCCCAGAAAUUCUGCAGGAUCCUUCACGCAUUUUUAAUGCAGAUGAGGCAGGCUUUCCACUUAACCCAAAAUCUGAUAAGGUCUUAGCUGCAACUAGGUCUAAAGAUGUAUAUACAAUAUCAGGUUCAGACAAAACAUCCAUAACUAUAUUGGCCUGUGCAAAUGCAUCUGGCCACUUGCUUCCACCGAUGCACGUGUUUCCAGGAGAACGGUCCUUUAACCCAUUACAUGAUGCAGUCCCAAACUCUAUCCUUGGAAGAACAAAGAGUGGCUGGAUGGACACAGAGGUAUUUUUUAUGUGGUUGGCAAAUCACUUUGUGACAGCCAUCCCGGAUCUAGCUCGACCAGUUGUCCUGCUUGUUGAUAGCCACUCAACACAUAUUGACCUUCAGACUACCAGAUUUUGCAGAGAAAACAAGAUAAUUCUCUAUUGCCUACCAGCCUAUGCCAGCCACAUCAUUCAGCCCCUUGAUGUGUCCUUUUUUGGACCCCUCAAACUGAAUUGGAGAAAGGCCUGCAAAUCAUACAAGGACAACAAUCCUGGCCUAACCAUUACGAAAAUGUUUUUUGCGAAGGUGUUUCAUGAAGCCUGGGUGGCCUAUAACAAAGCGGAAACGAUGAUGAAUGGCUUCCGCCAAUCAGGAUUGUAUCUCUUCAAUCCAUUCAUCAUUGAUGAAGGCAAGUUCUCCCCAUCACUCCUCUUUGUGGAACCACCAAACAAUGUUGCUACUGAUGAAGCAUGGAACGUUGCAGAUGCUCCUGGCCUUGAAGCUGUCCCUGCCACCAUCACAUCAGCUGUCCCUGUCACCAUCACAUCAGCGGUCCCCGCCACCAUCAAUUCAGCUGUCCCUGCCACCAUCACAUCAGCUGUCCCUGCCACCAUCAAUUCAGCGGUCCCCACCACCAUCACAUCAGCUGUCCCUGCCACCAUCAAUUCAGCGGUCCCCGCCACCAUCAAUUCAGCUAUCACUGCCACAAUCAAUUCAGCUGUCCCUGCCACCUUCACUUCACCUGUCCCUGCUGCUCUUCCUCUUUCUGUCACUCUUCCUGUAACUGGUACUGCCACUGACCCUGUCAGGUGUAUCAGAAUGUGUUCUGGAGAUGUCGGACGAGGAGGCAGCUAA